GACAUUUUGCAACCCUUUUGUUAUUGUCAGAAUUAAUAGAAUUUAACAAUAAUUUAAUUAUUGAAUUAAACUAUUUUUGUACUAUAUAAUAUAAAAAAAUGUGUACAAACGAAUUAGUGAAGUGUUAGUGGAUAUAAAAGUGGAAAAUAUAAGUAUAUAAUUCAUUUGAAAUCGAAAAAAUGCGUACUUUAAAUAGUUGAAAUUUUCAACUUUAAACGUAAAUAUCUCGAAAACUAUAAUUAUUAAAUUAAAUAUUAAUUAAAUUAAUAUUCUUGAUCUGGAGGAUCUCCUCUAUCCACCCAUACCCAUUUUAUCCCCGAAAGCCUGGGACGGUAUACUAAAGUUUUCCCCAAAAAAAUUUAUACAUGAUGAAAUAAAUAAAGAUUAAUUAAUUACUAAAAAAUAAGUUAACAAUAACUCUAAAUACUUUUAUUACAUUGGUUUAAGAUGUGGCAACACUGAUUUCUAAUCGCUCUGCUUGGUAGAAAUUAAUCAAUCCUUCGAUAUAUUUUUGUGAAACAAUCUAAAUAAUAAAAUUUUUGUAAGAAGCGGCAAUUCCUUAUUGGUAAUGUCAUCGGAGAUAAGAUCGAAAGUAAUUGGACUCUAUAAGCAUCUGCAGUACUUGGGCAGGGAGUACCCUGGCCCGAAUGGACCACAAAAGUUCCGACAACAAAUACGCGAUGCUUUUCUCAAGCAUAAAGAUGAGACGGAUCCAAAAAAGAUUAUGGCUCUAGUAGCACAUGGACGUUACGUAGCCAAGGAAGUGGAGGCGCUCUAUUCCUUAAAGAAAUAUAGAGCAUUGAAACAGCGAUACUAUGACUAAUCGAAUAUACCCAAGAAUAGACGAUGAAAUUGAUACAAUAACUAAGUCUGAAAUGUUUUUUGUUUGUUAAUGUAACGUAAUGUGUUAUCAAAAAAAAGGAUGUUGAACAUCGUAAAAUAAAAAUUAAUUUUUCGCCAUAUAUUCAGUAUGCGAAAACCUAUUAAUAAAUGUUAA